CUCCUUCAGCUUAAGGAAGACAGAACUCCAAACACUAGUCUUGCCGAAUCAAUGUUAGCAUCUAUCUCAGAGAUCAUAUCAUCAGUUGUAUGCAUAGAAGUGGAAAAGGAAAACUUCAUUGAAAUCGGAUGCUACUUCUACCGGGCUUCAGCAGCCAUAAUGGAGCUGCAGACAACGGAGAACGCACCAACAAAUGCAAUAAAGAUUCUACAAUCUCUUGCCAAAAGUAUCGAUUUGGCAAAAGGCCUAGUCUUGAAAUGCCACAAGGGUGCCUAUACAAUUCUGAAUCGUGAAGUCAGAAGCAUCAUAGAACAGCUCAAAGAUGUUAUUAAACAAAUAGGGGAAGAUCUGAGUUUAAUACCAUCAUCAACAUUUAAGGACCACGAAUAUGCAGAAGCUGCAGUUCGCUCUCUUUCAAAGGAGAUGAAAAGUGUUUACUUUGAAGUUACCAAAAAUCAAAUAUCAGGCCGGAAAGAGGUUGAGCCACAUGUCUUGCCUUCAGAGGAGGUACCAAAGAAGGAAUCGGAACCAAUACAAACAGAUCUCUAUUCCAUCAAUGUUGAAGUUUCUAUGGAGAUUCCUCAGUUAUCAGACAUACCACAUCUUCAUCAGAUUGAAUUCCCUGGAAGCACAAAAAGCAGGGGCCAAAGAAACCAUGGAAAAAGAAGGUCUGGAUCUGGAUCCUUGACGGUUUUGCCACAAGUGGCUGAGUACAUGGAACCUAUGUAUGAGACUUUCUUCUGUCCAUUGACAAAGAAGAUUAUGGAUGAGCCAGUCACCACAGAAACUGGAGUAACCUAUGAGAGGAAGGCAAUCAUUGAAUGGUAUGAAAAGUUUGAAAACCCAAAGGACAUCGUCUGUCCAAAGACACGGCAGAGAGUGAAUAGAGUUUUAAGCACCAACACGGCUCUAAAAGCAACGAUAGAGGAAUGGAAGAAAAGAAAUGAAGCUGCAAGGAUCAAGGCUGCCCGGGCAGCUCUGUCGCUAGCCAUUUCAGAGAAUAUGGUCCUUGAAGCACUCAAAGACUUGCAAGAUAUCUGCAAGAGAAAGCAUUACAAUAGAGUACAUAUUCGCAGCAUUGGAAUGGUAGCACUGCUUGUUAAGUUUCUUGAGUACAAAGGCGGAAAUGUGAGAUGUGCAACUCUGGAAUUAUUGUGCCUGCUGGCUGAGGAUGAUGAUGAGGGCAAGAAAAUGGUCGCCAUGGCAAUUGACAUGUCAAUCAUAAUCAAGAUGCUGUCAAGUAAUGACCAGACCAUAAGGCACACAUCCCUGCUACUCUUGCUUGAGCUGUCAAGGUCUCGAUCUCUAUGUGAGAAUAUCGGAUCAGUUACUGGAGGGAUUCUGAUGCUGAUCACAGUCAAAUACAAAAGGUCCUUGGAUGCUUUUGCUUCCGAAAAAGCAGAUGAAAUCUUAAGGAACUUGGAGAGGUCUCCAGAAAACAUCAAGUGCAUGGCAGAAAAUGGGCUCUUGGAACCCCUUUUGAAUCAUCUUAUUGGAGGUUCGGAAGAAAUGAAGAUGGAGAUGGCAAGCUACCUUGGGGAAAUUGUUCUUGGACAUGACAUUGGAACCCAUGGGGCAGAGAGAGCUUCUCCUGCUCUCAUCAAAAUGGUGCAAAGUGGAACCUCUCUGACCAGGAAGGCGGCAUUUAAAGCUCUAAAGCAAAUCUCAUUAUACCACCCAAAUGUGAAGGUACUUGUAGAAGCUGGAAUUGUGCAAAUCAUGGUCGACGAGAUGUUCACGAGGACAAUCUACAAUGAGCCAAUGAACUCGAAGAAAGAAGCCUCUGCAAUACUUGCAAAUGUGCUGGAAUCCGGGGUAGAGCUAGAGACCCUUCAAGUAAACAACCGUGGCCUUAAAAUGGCUUCGGACUAUGUUGUGCACAACAUCAUGUACAUGCUGAAGAGCUCAACCCCAGAUGAAAUCAACUUCAACCUCAUCAGAAUCCUCUUAUGUCUAACAAAGUCUCCCAAAUCAUCGACUACAAUAGUCUCCGUGGUCAAAGAGACGGAAGCAAGCUACAACUUGAUUGAGCUCAUUAAUAACCCAAAUGAAGAACUUGGGGUUGCAUCAAUUAAACUACUCAUCACACUCUCACCCGGCAUGGGCCACACACUAGCAGACAGGCUAUGCAAAACCAGAGGGCAGCCUGAGAGCCUAAUUCAGAGUCCAACUGAAGCAACCCGAAUCACGGAGAAGCAGGCAGUUUCAGCAAAUUUCCUGGCAAAGCUGCCUCACCAAAACCUUACACUCAACCUGGCUCUGCUCCACAAGAAUGCAAUCCCUACAAUCCUACAAAGUGUCAGUCAAAUCCAGAGAAGUGGCACAAGAACAAGCAGGUAUGCAAGUGCUUACUUAGAAGGCCUAGUAGGUAUUCUUGUCAGAUUCACGACAACAUUAUACGACUAUGAAAUACUGUUUGUAGCGAGAACCUACAACUUCACAUCAAUAUUCACAGAAUUGCUCAUGGAAACAUCAAGUGAUGAAGUUCAGAGGUUAUCAGCAAUUGGGUUGGAGAAUCUUUCAUCACAAUCAAUUGCCCUAUCGAAAACACCAAGCAUCAAGAAACCCAGGAAAUUAUUUUUUUUAACUAAAUGCAUAUCCUGUAAUUCGUCGAAGGAAAAGAAAAUACCACUAUGCCCAGUUCACAGAGGGGCUUGUUCCUCACAAGAAACCUUUUGUCUGCUUGAUGCAAAGGCAGUUGAGAAGCUGUUGGCCUGUUUGGAUCACGAGAAUGUUAAUGUGGUUGAGGCUUCAUUAUCAGCUAUAUGUACAUUGUUAGAUGACAACGUUGAUGUGGACAAGAGUGUGAGCAUGUUGAGUGAAGUGAAUGCUAUACGGAAUGUACUGAAUGCAGUGAGGGAGCAUAAAGAAGAAAGUCUCUGGCAGAAAUCAUUUUGGGUGAUUGAGAGGUUCUUGAUGAAAGGCGGGGACAAGUCUGCUUCAGAUAUAUCACAGGAUAGGCUGCUCCCUGCUAUGUUGGUCAGCGCUUUCCAUCACGGUGAUGUAUCCACUAGGCAGAUGGCAGAGAAAAUCUUGAGGCAUUUGAAUAAGAUGCCCAAUUUUGCUACCGACUUUACCAUGUAAAAUGUUUCAUGCAUUUCCGAUUCUGCUGUAAAGCACAUGUUAUGUUAUAAUGCUAGUAACCUGGAAAGAUUAGAGUGAGUUUGUCAUGCUAAAACAGAUAUCUAUGUCUU